AUGUAUGUCAAUCAAGUCACAAAUCAAAUAUUAAAAGAUGAAAGUAUUCAUAAUGUCAACCAUAGUGAAGAAACAAUAGAUAAAAUAUUUGUGGAUGGUACUUUUACGUACUGUGCAAAAUAUUUUCUCCAGCUUUUUACCAUAAACAUUUUUAAGAACGGACAUUAUGUUCCACUUGUGUAUUUUUUACUACCCGACAAAUCUAAAGACACAUAUGCGCGAUCGUUUGGUUAUAUUAUUGAAAAAUGUUCAGAAAUCAAUUUAUCGUUCAGUCCAUCGAAAAUAGUUUCCGAUUUUGAAGAAGCUAUACAUAUUGGAGCAAAAACAAUUUGGCCAGAAAUACAAAUUGUUGGAUGCCGAUUUCAUUUGAAGCAAAAUUGGUGGAAACACAUUCAAAGUCUUGGUUUAUCAAAAGAAUAUAAAGACGAAUCAAAUGAAAUAGAUAAUUGGCUAAAAUUGGUAUUCGGAUUACCAUUAUUAAAUUCGGAAGAAGUAAGCGAUUAUUGUUUUACAACAGAUUUGAUGUCAAUUGCGAAUUGCUCCAGAUGAUGAAAGGGUAGGAAAGUUCUGCGAUUAUUUAGUUGAUUAUUAUAUUGAUGAAGGAGCAAAAUUCAAUCCACGCAUUUGGGCAUCAAGGGGAAUAACAUCAGAACGCACUACUAAUAGCUGUGAGUCUUUUCACUCAAAAUUAAAUUCACAAUUCACAAAAGUGCAUCCCAACAUUUUAUAUUUACACAUGUUUUAAAUACAAAAAUACAA